AUGACUCUCCGACCUGUUGAAGGCACGCUGCCUCUCACCGAGAAAUGUCAACACUACGAUCACAUCAGUGAAGUGCCUUGGGAGCUUCAAAAAUACUGGCACCAGCGCUACUCCAUCUUCAACUUCUACGACUACGACAUCCGCCUCACCGACGAUGCCUGGUUCGGCGUGACCCCCGAGCCCGUGGCCAUCAAAGUCGCCAAGGAUAUGCCCUCCCACAACCACUCGACCCCGCGCAAGGACACCAUCAUCGACCUGUUCGCCGGCGCAGGCGGCAACACCAUCGCCUUCGCCCUGUCCGAGAAGUGGGACCGCGUCAUCGGCAUCGAGAAGGACGCCGACACCCUGGCCUGCGCCCAGCACAAUGCCGCCGUCUACGGCGUGGCCGACGCCAUCACCUGGAUCCACGGCGACUGUCUGGACUAUCUCGCCCGUCUCAAGGAUAGCGUCAAGGGCAAGGGGAAAGGUAAGGGGAAGGGGCUGGACCCGUCGCUGCGGGUCGAUUUUUCGACCACCAUCAUCUUCGCCUCGCCGCCCUGGGGAGGGGUGAGCUACCGCGACCAGGACGUGUUCGACCUCAGCACCAUGGAGCCGUACAACCUCGAGACAUUGCACGGGGCCUGCCGGCCGAUGGAGCACGCGUUGUUCCUACCGCGGACGAGCGACCUGCGGCAGAUCGCCGAGCUGGUGCCGGAGGCCGCCGGCAAGGUGGAGGUGGUGCAGUACUGCAUGGAGGGCGCGAGCAAGGCCAUGGUGGCGUACAUGCCCGCGGAAUGA